GAAAGAUGGAAGUUUAUCACAGGGUCCAUGUGUAAACAAACAAUGUUUUUAUGCUGCGGUUUGGUUGGAUUCAAUUUGAGACCCGUUUACUCCUCGGCUGCCGUGUUCGAAUCACACUGCUUAUCUUAACAAUAUAAUUUAUGACCAGUGACCACGCACGGCCAUCAUGCCGUAUCUGGGUAGCGAGGACGUCGUGAGGGAUCUGAGGAGAGCCCUGUGCAACCCCCACGUCCAGUCUGACCAGCUGCGGUACAGGAACGCCAUUCUCAAAGUCAUCAGACUGAUGUCACAAGGUGUAGAUGUAUCCAGCCUGUUCAGUGAGAUGGUCAAAGCAUGUGCCACAGUAGACAUUGUCCAGAAGAAACUGGUCUAUGUCUUCUUGUGCUCCUAUGCUUCGAUGAACCCUGAGCUGUCGCUGCUGGUGAUCAACACACUGAGGAAGGACUGCCAGGAUCCAAACCCGAUGGUCCGCGGCCUGGCCCUAAGGAACAUGACCAACCUGAGGUUGCCCAGUUUGGUGGAAUAUGUGGAACAGCCGCUCACGGUAGGACUGAGGGACAGAGCAGCUUGUGUGCGACGGGUUGCCGUUCUCGGCUGGGCCAAACUUCACAACCUUCAACCGAAUGCCGAAAUAGAUGCUGUGGUGGUGAAUGAGCUGUACAGCCUUCUCAGGGACCCAGAUCCCGUCGUGAUGGUGAACUGCCUUCGAGCCCUCGAGGAGAUCCUUAAGGAGGAAGGAGGGGUCGCUAUCAACAAACCGAUCGCUCAUCACCUCCUUAACAGGCUGAAGGAAUGUGACGUAUGGGGUCAGAGCGACGUGCUCAAGAUACUCCAGCGCUACCAACCUCAGUCCGAGGAUGAGGUCUAUGAUAUCCUCUCCCUGCUGGACGCCUCCUUGGUCAGCUCACACUCGCCAGUCAUGGCAUCCACGCUGAGCCUUUUCCUGAGCUUAUGCUCAGCCUUGCCAACAGUCAGCCGGGCUGCCCUGGAACGAGUACUGGUUCCCCUGCUGUCCACCUGCGGGAAUGCUUCCAGAGAGAUCAAGUUCACUGUGCUCUGCCACAUACAGUUACUGCUGCGGUCUGUCCCUGGCCUGUUGGGGGCACACUACAAACGUUUCUUCUGUGGCUACGCUGAGCCUGCCUACAUCAAGCAGAGGAAGAUGCAGGUGCUGGUCGAGCUGGUAAAUGACGAUAACGUUGCGAUGAUACUGGAUGAAUUGAAAGAGUACUGCACUGAUGUCAACACAGACACUGCCCAUGCUGCAAUAUCAGCUAUUGGUCGUAUUGGACGAAGCUACAGCGACAGAUGUCUCCUGAUUCUCACUGGACUUCUGCGACUAAAACAAGAGAGCAUCACGUCUGCUGUGGUGCAGACAAUGCAGGACUUAGUCUGGGUGUGUCCUCAGUGCAGCGAAACUGUGUGUUCUGCUCUAGAGGGGUGUGAGGAGGUAUUGCAGGACAGCCAGGGCAAGCAGGCCUUGCUCUGGUUGCUGGGAACAUACGGCGAUCGAAUUUCCAGUGCCCCCUACACGCUGGAGGUGUUCAUUGACGGAGUCAGGUGUGAAACUUCUCCGGCGGUCAAAAUGGAGCUACUAACUGCCACCUUGAGGUUGUUUUUGUGCCGUCCCGCUGAGACUCAGGACAUGCUCGGAAGACUGCUGCAUUACAGCAUAGACGAAGAGACAGACAUGUGCGUACGAGAUCAGGCACUUCUUUACUACCGCCUUUUGCAAAGUGGGGUUGACGAGACGUGCAAGGUGCUCCAGGGUCGGAGGUCAGACCCCUCCCUCGGUGUUCUUAUCGGCCAUCCCGCUGAGCCUGUGAGUCAGUGGGCUCACAUGUUCAACACGCUGAAGCCUCUCUGGCAGAGCACCUCAGAGACGCAAUCAGCAAAAAGCAGCUUUCAACGCAUUGCAUUUGACCCCAAGCCAGAACUCUCGGACAACCUGAACUCUUGUCAACUUAAAAGUCUUCAUACAGAGAGCAAUGGCGAUCACACACAUUUGCCCGCAGAUGGCCUGUCGACCGCCACCAUCGUCCCUCUCAGCUUGCUUCCGGCUUUAACUCCAGGAGAGUUUGAAAGUCUGUGGCUCCGAGGUGCUGAUCACGCUUCGGAAGAGGAGAACGUUUUCUCUACGACAGAACAUGUCCAGCGUCGCAGUGUCACUCAGUCUUCGCCGCAAAGCUUUCAGGCUGCAAUGCAGCUGGUCAACAUCCAGACGUUGGCCUUCACGCCUCCUCACGUAUUCCCCUGGAGGGUCUACUUGUACACGCACACCGAAGCACCUCCCUCCAGCACACUCGUACUGGGAGAGUUACUUUAUACUGGAAAGGAAAAUGAGGAGGGAGCUGCACAGGAAGCCGCCAUUGACGGCGAGAAUGCAAAUAAAACAGUAGUGGGAGGAGAAACUGAGAAACAGGUAAAUCGUGAAGGUGGAUUCGGAAAGAGGAGCAGCGGUGACCUGGCAACGAACAAUAAACAAAUCGCAGAAGUAAAAGUGACUCUAAAGCAGCGACCAAGAGACGACAAAGCUCUGAGUGGUUUUCUGGCCAUCCUCACCACUGUGCUGCAUGCACUGUCCCCAGAGGGAGAAUGAAUGUGCGGCACAGCGGAUGAGAGGUUGCGUGUAAACAUGUUUCUGCUCUCAAUGUGGAUUUUGCAUGUUCUCCGGUUACCUGCCGUGGCUUUAUCCCCAAAAAUUUGCUGUAUGAAAUCUUCAUUGAAGACUACUCGUAGCCUUGGGUGGUUGAACUUCAUAGACGCUCGAGUUUUUAGCCGGUCUUUUUUGAAAAAUACCCUUAAAAAGCUUCGGAAAACUUUCUUCAAUGGCGGCAGGCGUUGGAAAGCAAUUUUGAUCGAGUCGGGGAUCUUCGCUUGAAAGGUUUCCCAACCUGAAAUAUAUUUUUUUUCUGUCUGGAUUUGACAGGGCCACUGUAAGAACAUGAAUGUGAUCAAAAUAAUUCCAGUUUUGACUUUGUUUUGGCGUCUUUGUCUUGCUGGAGGAUGAAUCCCCUUCCCCAUCUCAACUCUUAUGCAGCCUCAAAGAGGUUUUCUUGGAGGACUACCGUGAAUUGAGCUCCAGCCAUCUUCCCAUCAAACUGACAAGUUCCCCGUCCCUGCUGAACAAAAAUAUCCCCACAGCAUUUUCACAGUUGGGAUGAGGAGUGUUACUUUUCCAACACACAUAGCACAAAAUUGAACUUUGGUCUUAUCGGGCCAAAGCACCUUCUUCCAUGUUUGACGUGUCCCCUUCAUGGCAAAAUCCAAAUGAGACUUCAAUUGCUGCUUUUUUUUUUACGCGGAGUCUGACUACUCGGAGGCCUACACGCGACGCAGUGCGUAAACAAAGACCCCCAGGAGCUCCGGGCCAGCAGCCGCGGAUUGUUCUUUCGACAGGAAUAAAGCAGAGUCUGACGAGCGAGCUCCAACAGCCCGCUGUCGGUGGCACCGAAAGCCUUUGGCCUAGCGUCGGCAUCCGGGGCUAACGGCUAAACGGCUUUGUUUACGCACUUAUGUCGUGCGUAGGCCUCCGAGUAGUCUGACUCCACGUCAUUCCGCCCCAAGCACCAUCCGAAUAUUCAAUAUUCACUACAGCCACAGGUUCAAAUCUGUAUGCAAGUAUUCCUCCAUCUGCCCGAUCAACUGAUACUGCUAUGUCUUCAUCAGAUGAGGAUAAAUACGAGAAAUCGGCGCUGGCCAUAAAUGGUGUCCCAUGUAAUCCAGCGUUUUUUAUGGCACGGUACACGUCACACCCACGCAUGUAGGUCUUGCGAAAAUGGCAGCGCCCCUGAAAAUUCGUAAUUGUCGAUAAAAAUCUUCUCUCAAGACUAUUAAAUGAGAGGGGAUUUAACGUCACAUUGUCAAAAUAGACUACAUAUUACAUGACCUAUUGAAUACAUUGUUAAUGCAAAGCACUGGAUUUCCCCUUUAACAUUUCAUAGAUAAACAUUCUGUUUACUACGGCAUAGUUUUAACUUGUAGACAUACGUACGCAUAUGUUAUCGAGCGGUCUGCACGUUUGCCAGUAUGACGAAAGUCUUGGAGCGAAAAGAUGAAGAUCGUGCCAGGGAAAUUGAUAAAAACCACGGGGUAAAAAACUGUUUGAGAUGGGCAUGGUUUGAAAAAAAUGUAGCCGUGCAGGUAGGAACGAAAUCCCCGCAAAACGCUGUGCAAACUGUGUUCCGAUAUGAUCAAUUAUGGAAGCCUAGGAGCAAGAAAUAUCCAGCAGCAUAUCCAAACCAAGAACCACAAAGGUGAGUUGGAUGUAAAUUUCUUAAAAGUAUUAUAUGAUUGACACCUGUUAAUUACGAUUAGGCCUAUCUGUAGCACUGGCCUUGUCGAUCACACAUUUUAUUGCUCACUUUU